CGUCAACGAACGGGAGCGUGAUAGGGCGAGAAUGUUGCUGCUGCGUCGUCUGUCAAAGCGGUCGAUUUUUCCAGUCUCGCUCGGUGGAAGUCGUUCCGUGCUUUGUUUGGUGGAUCGUAUUCCGGAACUGAACCGUAGCAGAAGGUUCACCAUGGGCGAAAACAAGUCACCGCUGAUGGAGCGAGCCCGGAACAUAGUGCCUCACUUGGAAACGACACGCCACAAGGGCCAAGCUGGCCGGAUUGGGGUGGUGGGCGGAUCGCUCGAGUACACCGGAGCACCGUACUUUGCGGCCAUCAGUGCGCUGAAGGUGGGGGCGGACCUGGUGCACGUGUUCUGUCCUCAGGCGGCUGCCCAGGUCAUCAAGUCUUACAGUGCCGAGUUGAUUGUGCAUCCGUUGUUGGAUUCCAACAAUGCCAUCAUCCAGAUCGAACCCUGGCUGGAGAGGCUGCACGUACUGGUGAUCGGUCCGGGGUUGGGACGUGACCGGGUGGUGCUUCAGACGGUAGCCGAGCUUAUCAAAAUCUGCCGUCAGCUGCAGAAACCGCUGAUAAUUGACGCAGACGGAUUGUACCUGAUUACGCACGAUGUUAGUCUGGUGAAGGACUAUUACGGCCUUAUUCUGACUCCAAAUGCCAUCGAGUUCUGCCGGUUGUUCGGCAACGACCGUUCCCGCAUCUGGGAGAUGAUGGAAAAGCUGGGUCGGGGCGUAACCGUGAUCGAGAAAGGCCUAAACGAUCGUAUCUACGAAUCGUUGACGAUGGAGAAGUUUGAGUGUCCGCAGGGUGGCUCAGCACGGAGGUGCGGAGGUCAGGGUGAUUUGCUGGCCGGCGCGCUGGCCACGUUCUACUUUUGGGCGCUGGAGUCCAAGCAGGAGAUUAGCCCGGCAACGGUGGCGUGCUUUGCGGCUAGUUAUCUAACCAAGACCUGCAAUAGCCAUGCGUUCAAGCUGAAAGGUCGCAGCAUGACCUGUACGGAUAUGAUUGAACAAAUCCACGUCGUGUUUGAGGAGUGCUUCGAACACAAGAAGGAAUAGAAGGGGCAUUUUAUUGACGAAAUAAUUUCAGUGGCAUCUGGUUGUUCUUUUUCGGUAUCAAAUUUUAGAAGGUUACUCAAAUUACAAAUUUUAAAUGUGUUUUUGGAGGUAAAAAGUCUUCUUUCUUCUUCGGUGUAGAGAUAUUGAGGUGCCUGUUUAAAUAAAUAAUUUCUAGUCUUUCUUAGUUUUGUUUAAGAAAAAUGUGAUUAAAACUAUGGAAUCAUCACAAUCUGUUUAUGGUCAGUGGACUAAAUAAUAUACAAUAUGCACAAUUUUAGAUCACAUAUAACGAACUUUGAAAUACCAUACGACUUCGAAAUAUAUUCUAUAUUGCAACAAUA